UUGACUGUUAUGAGAACGUCACUGUUUGUCAAAGUGUCACCUAAAUCCGGCAGACAUCAGUAAAAAAAAAAUCGUAUUAUGCAUAAAUUUUCCGUUCAAAAUGACAAAUAUAAUUGUUGGCACUGAUCGGUUUGGUAUAAAAGUAUUCUGCGGUCGGCUACGUGGUUACUGAACAUAAAAUGCCGGUUUUCACCGCCAACAUACCGGGAUUACUAAAAGUUGGCGACAAAAUCGAGAUAGGUGGCAAAAUCAAGGAGAAUGCAAGAAAGAUGUCCGUGAACCUUUGCGCUCAAGAAGGCGAGGAGCCGAGGGAUGUGGUUCUCCACUUCGACGUGAGGUUCCACCGGGACAACAUCAUAUCGCUGUCCAGGAAGAACGGCAUUUGGAUCGGAAGCGGAAAUUACGACACCAACUACAACAUGUUUGUUCCUGGCACGAUAUUUCGGAUAGUCUUCGAAAUCAAGGACACGGACGUCAUCACGAUAUACUGCCAGGGGAAGUUUCAUUCGAACUUCCUCCCGAAGAUACCACUCAACAUGGCCAAAUACAUUGUGGCCUGGGCGGACGUGGAGAGGAUCUCGCAUUGUUAUUUUAAUUUCGCGAACAAAACGGUGAGCGGUGAUGAGGCCGGAGCACCGGGCGCCUUCGCCCCCCAGUCCCCUAGACCGCCACUGGUGGUCGGUGACGUGAAAAGAUGUCCAAGGGCCAAGAAGACUGCGACAGGUUCGCCAAAAAACUGCUCGUCGAACGAAAGCUCUGACGAGGAGCUUAAAGUGAGAGUUAAAACCGACGGUAGGCCGGACCGGUUCUUCUACGAGACCCUGAUGUGUCAGCAGACGGACCACCCGAAGUUCGGAUCCCCGGAGACUUGCAAACAGAGACGCGAGCCAAGUCUAGGGAGGGAGAACUUGAAGAAAUACAGAGAAACAUCGGAUACGGAGAAGAAUGAAAGUGAUGAUUACUCUGAGGAGAUAGCUUCGAAGAACAUGGAUUCUUCUGUCGUGGAGUCCGACGGUGUGCUUCAAGAGCUGGGCAUCAAGAGGAGAACGAGGAGGGGGAAGUUUGCGCCAUUCGCUCAGGUCGUCAAUUUGAUGGGGAAGUCGUCUAAGAGAAAUUAGUUGGAUUUGUUUGAGCUGUGUUUUUUGUGGGAAGCGUGUAAUAAACUGUUUGGAAAAACUA